GAGUAAAACCGAGGCCAGAUUUGGAAGGUCUAAGUUUGGAUUGAUCACUGGCCUGAAGAUGAGCGGUGGCCCCUCGACUGAAGAAUUGACUACACUAUGUGAGUCUGAUCGGAUAUUGCGAAACUACCUCAAUAAUGCCAAACGGGUCACUUUCAAAACCCUUUGGCUAGCUUUUGAGGCGUGCGAUGUGGCCGACGACGUGUACAAGCUGGGGCUGUGUGCAUUUGUUGAAGGUGUGCUACUAUCAAGGGCUGAGGGUGUUUAUAUAUGGUCGGAUAUGUUGAAGUUAGUAGAAAACGAGGAGAAGUUCUUUGAAUAUCCGUGGGGCCUUCUUUCUUAUCAGAAGUUGUUGUCAUCCACAGCCAAAAGUAUGACUGACCUGAGGAAGAACUACAUUGAUAAAUCUACUAAGGAUAAGAAGAAAGGGAAGAAUGAGAAAAAAAUUACUCAACCUGAGGCGAAGUACAAUGUCUACGGAUAUGCACCGGUGCUACAAUACUGGGCCUUUGAGGUGAUGCAAGAUUUGGGGAAGAAGUACGGGCAGUGUAGAGGGACUAGAUUCCCUCGAAUGUUGAAUUGGAGCACCCCCAACACGGUUACGAAACAUGAUGUGAAGCAACCUGAUGUCGCUACACUAUUUGAGAAAAGGAUGGUUGUUCUUCAAAUUUUGUAUCCUCGGAAUUGGGAGGUGGACUAUUAGAAGAGCAAUUGUGAGGGUGAGGUCCCCACGGUGGAAAUGGGGUUGGAUGAGGUCGAAGAAACGCAAGUCGGGGUGCAAGAUUCGACCGCAUUCCAGACCCAAGCCGAACGGGUGGCGGAUUAUGUGAAAAGGUCCAAAAUUAUUCCACCAUCCCCACCCAAAGAAACACCAGACGCCUCCACAUCUGCCACUGUGCCCCCAACGCCUGCCACUGUGCCCCCAAGCUCUGCUCCAGCCAAUGACUCCGACUACCUCUUGUUGGCUAAGAGAUUGGAGAAGGUAGAAGCGCAACAACUUGCGAUUCUCACUGCCCAGACUGAGAUGAAGGCUGACUUCAAGAGAAGUCAGAAAGAGAUGAAGAAUCUUAUCAUGGAUCAAAUUGCGACCGUGAUAAGUUUGUUACAGAAGCAGCCUUCGGAGCCGACACAACCAUCAGGGCCGGCACAUCAAUCAGACCCGACACAUCCAUCAGACAUGGCAGAGCCAUUACAGACGGUACAUCCAUCACCGCCGAGAGAUGAUGAUGAUGAUGAUGAUGUCUACCCAGAAGAUUGGCAACCUGACAUAUGUGACGUUCCUUCUACUCCUGCAAACGUCAUUGUCAUUUCACUGGGUGAUACAGAAUCUCAGGAUGUGGAAGAGUUGCAGGGGCCACCAGCUGGGGUGGACUUCUGCAGGGUUAGGCGAAAGCGGAAGCCGGUUUUCUUGAAUGACUACACAGCUGGGAAGAAGAAACAACGACAUGGGCCCGUGGUAGUAGACACAGUGAAACUGGCGGACUCCCGGCUGUUAAAAUUUUUCCAGAAGUGGAUCACUUACGCUAGGGACAACGGCCGUCCUAGGGAUGUUCACACUGGCGUAGCCACUUGAUCCUGGUUUGUGAAAUUGAUGGUGCUGAACGAAUGGCUCGACGAUGCUGUAAGUUAUUUCUUAACAUGAUUAAUUUAUUGUGUUUUUAAAUGUUUGUGCGAAUUAUAUGCGAUUUAUAUGCGAUGUUUGCACUUUCUGUUAAAUCUUUAUAUGCGACUUUUAUGCGAUGAUUGUGCGAUGUUUGUGUGAUUAUUCAUUAAUUUAUGUAUUAUUUUUGCGACUUAUAUGCGAUUUAUAUGCGAUGUUUGCACUUUCUGUCAAAUCUGUAUGUGUGACUUUUAUGCGAUGAUGGUGCGAUGUUUGUGCGUUUAUUCAUUAAUUUAUGUAUUAUUUUUGCGAAUUAUGUGCGAUUAAUAUGCGACAUUUAUGCGAUAUCUGUCUGACUGUUUUCUUUUGGAACACAACAACUUGAUGCCAUGGCGCACUUAUUGAGAAGAAGACGGACCCUGUACCCAGAAGUCUACACUCGAAAAGGUGUAGUUUUGGACACUUCUGCUCCACAGAUAUUUGCCAUGUAUUGGAAUUUCUAUGAGGGUGACAAGAGCAAGAUGAAAUGGGAUGAGGCCGUUAUGAAUUACGUGCAGGGGAUACCGCACAGUUUCUCGCCAUGUUGGGAGAACCAGGAUUACAUAUACUUUGUCUUGCACCUUCCCAAAGAGCGCCACUGGGUGGCAGUUGAGGUGGAUAUUGACAACUGGGAGAUCAUUGUAUAUGAUUCUGAUAUCGG